AUGGACUUGAAGUCGACAAAAGCUUCUCCCAUUCUCACUGAUGCUGCACCCAUUAACAAAUCCAGACUAGGCAUUCAUUCUAGUCUGUUGCCUUGCUCACAGUCUGGAUCAUCGUUCUCUACUAGUGUGUUAACAAUUCCUCGAAAGAAGCCUAGCAAGCUCGAUGAUGUUCGAUCCAAUGGUUGGCUUGAUGCCAUGAAAUCUUCUUCACCUCCUCGCAAGAAGAUACUAAAGGAUUUUAAUGUCGAGGUUGCUUCAGAUGAUAGUGAUGUUGCUUACAACUCUUGGAUGGUCAAGCAUCCAUCAGUCAUUAAUUCGUUUGAGAACAUUGUAAAUUGUGCGAGGGGUAAGAAGAUAGUAAUGUUUUUAGAUUAUGAUGGGACUCUUUCUCCAAUUGUAGAUGACCCUGAUUGUGCUUUUAUGUCUGAUGAUAUGCGUUCUGCUGUUAGGAAUGUGGCAAAGUAUUUUUCGACAGCAAUUAUCAGUGGAAGAAGCCGUGAUAAGGUUUUUGAGUUGGUAGGACUAACAGAACUUUAUUAUGCUGGUAGUCAUGGAAUGGACAUUAUUUUCCCUGACAGAGACAAAUUGUCCACUCACCAUUCAACUUGUGUUAAAUCUGCUGACCAGCAGGGCAUGGAGGUAAACCUUUUCCAGCCUGCUAGUGAAUUUUUACCUAUGAUUGACGAGGUUUUUAGAACCCUUGUCGAGAAUACUAAAGAUAUUAAAGGUGCAAAAGUUGAGAACCAUAAAUUUUGUGCCUCUGUACAUUACCGUAAUGUAGAUGACAAAAGUUGGCCUACAGUUGCACAGUGUGUUCAUGACAUCUUGAAAGAUUACCCUCGAUUACGACUAACUCAUGGGCGGAAGGUUUUAGAGGUCCGUCCUGUAAUUGAAUGGGAUAAAGGUAAAGCAGUUGAAUUUCUGCUUGAAUCACUGGGACUAAGUAAUAGUGCCGAUGUGCUUGCAAUCUAUAUUGGUGAUGACAGGACAGAUGAAGAUGCAUUCAAGGUAUUGAGGGAAGGGAAUCGAGGGUAUGGGAUCCUAGUAUCAUCUGCCCCGAAAGAAAGCAAUGCAUUCUUCUCUCUCAGGGACCCCUCAGAGGUUAAAGAAUUCCUGAAGUCCCUUGUGAGUUGGAAGGAGCAGAAUGCGUUAUAA